GAUAGGAUGGAGGGCGGGAGGGGGAGAACACUUCAGGCACUCCAAGCUGUCGCCGGGCUGCAAUAACGUCGCUACCCCUCUAUCCGUCAGUGCAUCAACUUCACCAUGGGGAAGUUACUUGGGCUAUGCGCUGUGGUUCUGGCUUGUAUCACUAUUGGAUCUGCUCUUCAAUGUCUGCAGUGUAAAUUCACCAUUUUCAAUUUACCCUGCCACACUUCAACGGUCACCUGUAAAAGCGGAGAGGUUUGUGCUGUCAUCCAUGGAGCUAUUGCUGGUAAGAAUCUCAUCAAGAAGAAGAACUGCGUCAUGGAGGAUAAAUGUAGCAAGAAUGAUACUGAGAGCUACGAGGGCCUCAAAUAUGUCACCAGUUACAAGUGCUGCCACAGCGAUUUCUGCAAUUCGGGGGCCACCUUGCCCUCUGCUCACAUCUCUCUGCCUGUGCUUCUGGCCAUCUCAGGCGCCUGGCUCCUUCGCUUCCUCUAAUCCUCUUUUCAAGAAGGAGAGAAAACCAACUCUAGAAGGUGCCAAAGAUUAAGUCUGCUAUCCUUCUACUUUUUGUACCUGAAAGUAACGUCCAUGGAGCUCCAGGGGAUUGUAGUUUUAUCCAAUCAAGCACUGUAUUAAAUAGACACUCUCGCCUUUUCUUUUUAUUCAAAAAUGCCUCUGUGACUUAAUGAAGGCAUAUCCUAUCUUUUAGAGCAUAUGAAUGAAGCUUUAAGAUUUGAAGUUGCCUUAAUCCUCCUCUUCCUCCUCCUCCUCCUCCUCUUCUUUUUUCAUUGUCUUUGCCUUCUACCUUUUCCAUUCCUUUUCCACUUAUUUUCAUCCUCUGCAAGCUUCUCUUUAAAACAGGGUUGGGAAACUAGUGUUAGACCAAUUACAACUCCAGUAGUUCCACAACCCAUGGUCAAGAAAUACUGAUACCCAUCUCCCUUAAGCCCCUUUUAAUCUUUUUCACCCUUUGAGAUUUUACACUGUCUUCCUCCUCCUGUACUAAAAGCUUCUGCCGAACCGGCUUUGUAUAUUAUUAUUAUUAUUUUACAUUUUCAGCCCAGAGGCAGUAGUGUUGUGUUUUCUCUCCAACCGUCCAAAGCCUCAGUUCAUAGGAUUUUCUCCAAAUAUGAUCACGAGUUGCGCUUUUUUUUCCUCAGCAUGGCUGGGGCCUUCUCAUUCUCCCAACAUUUCUCCUGAUGACAGUGUCAUGUCUAUGAGGGAGAUAAGGCAAUGGAGGAUGAGUCCCCCCCCAAUGCAAUUUCCCCCCCCCUUCCAUCCCACCCCUCAUUCCACUGAAGAAAUAUGAUAUCUGGCAUGCCUGGGGCCCUAGGCAGAUAUUUGAAAGCUGAGCAGCAGCAGUGAGAGAGGUCUUCUAAGGCAAGCAACCCACUGGAAGCUGAUGAAAAUAUGCCAAGGGCUGCUAUUUUGGGCUGCCCCUGAGCCGGUUAUCUUUUAAAGGCUGCAUACAUAACAGUCUAAAAAGGAGGGGCUAUGUUGCCCUAUUCCUGCAUACAGGAAGGAGAGUUGGAUUUAACCCUAUAUAUGCCGACAUUUCUGCCUUUGUCCCCAAAUACUCCUGCGACGUCAGCCACAUUCAGUUACCCGUUCAGCAGGUCCAUUCAAGCACUUCUGCCUUGUCUUCUGGCUUCCCCCAAAUCUAUAAUACUAGUAGUCCUCGAUUUACAACAUUUAGCAACCAUUCAAAGUUACAGCGGCACUGAAAAAAAGUAACAUGUGACCGUUUUUCACACUUAUGAGUGUGCCAGCAUUCCCCAUGGUCACAUG